ACCUCGUACCUUAAAUUGGUAAAGGUCGCUCUUUUAUCUCCACUUUCUCGACAGCUUAGAAAUUCUUCAGGUUUGGAGGUGCAGAACCCAACCAUGGAUUCGGACGUUGAGCGAAGGAUAGCGACGGCGGUGCGCGAGGUCCUGGAGGAAUCGGACAUGAACAAGACCACCGAGUACCAGGUGCGGAAGCAGGCGUCCGAGAGGCUCGGAAUGGACCUGUCCCAGCCCAAGCUCAAGGCGGUCGUGAGGCGGGUCGUCCAGUCCUUCCUCGAAGAGCAGAAAGCGAAGGAGGAUCAAGCAGCGAACGGGGCGGGGAAGGAAGAGGAGGAAGAGGGGGAAGAGGAAGAGCAAGAAGAGGAGGAGGAGGAGGAGGAGGCAGGGAAGAAAUCUGGCGGGGAUGCUGAGUAUACUGAGGACGGUGACCUUAUCAUCUGCAAGUUAUCUGAAAAGAGAAAGGUGACUAUGCAAGAGUUUAGAGGCAAACCCCUGGUCUCAAUUAGGGAGUAUUUCAAGAAGGGAGGCAAGGAGUUCCCUACUUCAAAAGGCAUAAGCUUGACAGAGGAACAAUGGUCUGUCCUGAGAAAGAAUAUGCCUGCUAUAGAGAAAGCCGUCAAGAAGAUGGAGUCAAACUCCAUGUGAGAGAUGAUUUCCUUUGAAUACACUGGCCCCAUCGUAGAGCUUCAACCUUUUGAACCUUUUGAGUUGUGUGAUCUUAACCAAGAUCCAGCUCUGCAUUGUGGGGUUUUGUUGUUUUCUUGAUGUCAAAUUUCGCAUCAACUCGAUACAUGUGGUGCUGUCUCAUAUUUUCAAUAAGUGAAUGACCAUGUUUCAUCAUAA